AUGUCUCGAAGCUCUGAAACGUCAAACUUUGCUAUAGAACCUGAUGUUUGUGAAUGUGAUCGUUAUUGUAAGCUAAAAACAUCAAGGACCGAAGAAAAUCCAGGGCGUCAUUUUUGGCGUUGUAAAGUGCUCGAAGAUAUGGGCGAUUACAAACAUCUUUGUUGGGAAGAUAGCAUUCUCGUGGAUAAAAUGGCGGCGGCGAAGAUUAAAAAGCCUCUUGUUGAUAGAGAUACUGCAACUUCACGUAUCUCAAGAGAUACCGUAAAAUUUGACUUGCAAUUUAAGCUUAUGGAAGCUAAAGAAAAGAUUGACCUUUUGGAGGUCUUGCUAAAAGAAUUCAAAGAAAAAUAA